GGACCGCGGGCCCCCGGCGCAGCGCCGCCCGGCUCCCGGCCCUGCCGGCCUCCUCCUUCGGCGCCGCGGCCAUGGCGGCCAGCGCGAAGCGGAAGCAGGAGGAGAAGCACCUGAAGAUGCUGCGGGACAUGACCGGCCUCCCGCACAACCGAAAGUGUUUCGACUGCGACCAGCGCGGCCCCACCUACGUGAACAUGACGGUCGGCUCCUUCGUCUGUACCUCCUGCUCCGGCAGCCUGCGAGGGCUAAAUCCACCGCACAGGGUGAAAUCUAUCUCCAUGACAACAUUUACACAACAGGAAAUUGAAUUCCUGCAAAAACAUGGAAAUGAAGUCUGUAAACAGAUCUGGCUAGGAUUAUUUGAUGAUAGAUCUUCAGCGAUUCCAGACUUCAGGGAUCCACAAAAAGUGAAAGAGUUUUUACAAGAAAAAUAUGAAAAGAAAAGAUGGUAUGUCCCACCAGAACAAGCCAAAGUGGUGGCAUCAGUUCAUGCAUCUAUUUCAGGUUCCUCUGCCAGUAGCACAAGCAGCACACCUGAGGUCAAACCACUGAAAUCUCUUUUAGGAGAUUCUGCACCAGCACUGCACUUAAAUAAGGGCACACCUACUCAGUCCCCAGUUGUUGGUCGCUCUCAAGGACAACAGCAAGAAAAGAAGCAGUUUGAUCUUUUGAGUGAUCUUGGCUCAGACAUUUUUGCUGCUCCAGCUCCUCAGUCAACAGCCACAGCCAAUUUUGCUAACUUUGCACAUUUCAACAGUCAUGCAGCUCAGAAUUCUGCAAAUGCAGAUUUUGCAAACUUUGAUACAUUUGGACAGUCUAGUGGUUCGAGUAAUUUUGGAGGUUUCCCCACAGCAAGUCACUCUCCUUUCCAACCCCAAACUACAGCAUUUAGAAUGCUUUCAUCUAGCUGCAGUUUUGGUGAAUUUACUUCAGCUUUUCCUCUCCAGGCUACCCACAGUGGAAGUGCUGGAUCAGUAAAUGCUAAUUUUGCUCAUUUUGAUAACUUCCCCAAAUCCUCCAGUGCUGAUUUUGGAACCUUCAAUGCUUCCCAGAGUCAUCAGACAGCAUCAGCUAUUAGUAAAGUUUCAGCAAACAAAGCUGGUUUACAGACAGCAGACAAAUAUGCAGCACUUGCUAAUUUAGAUAAUAUCUUCAGUGCUGGGCAAGGUGGUGAUCAAGGGAGUGGUUUUGGGACCACAGGUAAAGCUCCUGUUGGUUCUGUGGUUUCAGUUCCCAGUCAUUCAAGUGCAUCGUCAGACAAGUAUGCAGCCCUGGCAGAAUUAGACAGUGUUUUUAGUUCUGCUGCCACUUCCAGUAAUGCAUAUACUUCCACAAGUAAUGCUAGCAGCAAUGUUUUUGGAACAGUGCCAGUGGGUGCUUCUGCACAGACCCAACCUGCUUCUUCUAGUGUGCCUGCUCCAUUUGGAGCUACGCCUUCCACAAAUCCAUUUGUUGCUGCUGCUGGUCCUUCUGUGGCAUCUUCUACAAAUCCAUUUCAGACAAAUGCCAGAGGAGCAACAGGCCUUUCUGGAGCAAUGCAUUCUCAAGUGUUUCCUCACGCUCAUUUUGCGGCAACCUUUGGCACUGCAUCCAUGAGCAUGCCUGCAGGAUUUGGCACUCCUGCUCCCUAUAGUCUUCCCACCAGCUUUAGUGGCAGUUUUCAGCAGCCCGCCUUCCCAGCCCAAGCAGCUUUCCCUCAACAAACAGCUUUUUCUCAACAACCCAAUGGUGCAGGUUUUGCAGCAUUUGGACAAACAAAGCCAGUGGUAACUGCUUUUGGUCAAGUUGCAGCUGCUGGAGUAUCUAGUAAUCCUUUCAUGACUGGUGCACCAACAGGACAAUUUCCAACAGGAAGCUCAUCAACCAAUCCUUUCUUAUAGCCUUAUAUAGACACUUUACUGGAACGAACUUUUAUGUGGUCACAUUACAUCUCUCCGCCUCUUGCACUGUUGUCUUGUUUCACUGAUCUUAGCUUUAAACACAAGAGAAGUCUUUAAAAAGCCUGCAUUGUGUAUUAAACACCAGGUAAUAUGUGCAAAACAGAGGGCUCCAGUAACAACUUUUAACCUGUGAAUUGGCAGAAAAAGGUAGCGGUAUCAUGUAUAUUAAAAAUUGGCUAAUAUUAAGUUAUUGCAGAUACCACAUUCAUUAUGCUGCAGUACUGUACAUAUUUUUCUUAGUAAUUAGCUAUUUGUGCAUAUCAGUAUUUGUAACUUUAACACAUUGUUGUGUGAGAAAUGUUACAGGGGAAAUAGAUCAGCCACUUUUAAGGUGCUGUCAUAUAUCUUGGAAUGAAUGACCUAAAUAAUUUUAACCAUUGCUACUGGAAAGUUACAAAGUCAAAAUUGGAAGGUUUUAUUCGUUCUUGAAUUUUUCCUUUCUAAAGAGCUCUUCUAUUUAUACAUGCCUAAAUUCUUUAAAAAUGUAGAGGGAUACCUGUCUGCAUAAUAAAGCUGAUCAUGUUUUGCUACAGUUUGCAGGUGAAAAAAUAAAUAUUAGAAAAUA